CUCUCUCUCUCUCUCUGGUAAUAACUUCCAAAUCCGAUGGUCUCCCUGCUUGUCCGUUCUCAGGUUCCAUGUUUUCUCCCUCACUCGGAUGAUAAAAACAAAGCCAACAUCGAUUUUGGGAACUAGUCCUCCUCAUUCUCUUCGAUCAGCUUAGUCCAAGCAUAGUUAAGUUAGACAAUGCUGGGGAAUGGAGCUAUCGGGAUCCUUGCCGAGUCUUGCAAUAAGUGGGAAAGAAGGGUUCCUCUAACCCCAUCACACUGUGCUCGACUUCUACACAGUGGAAGGGAACAAACUGGAGUGUCUCGCAUUAUUGUUCAGCCAUCAACAAAGCGCAUCCAUCAUGAUUCACAGUACGAGGAUGUUGGUUGUGAAAUAUCCGAAGACUUGUCAGAAUGUGGUCUCAUCCUGGGUGUCAAACAACCGAAGCUGGAUAUGAUUCUUCCUGAUAGAGCUUAUGCCUUCUUCUCCCAUACGCACAAGGCCCAGAAAGAAAACAUGCCUUUGCUAGAUAAGAUAAUAACUGAGAGGGUAUCAUUGUUCGAUUAUGAACUUAUUGUCGGUGACCAUGGAGGAAGGUUACUUGCAUUUGGAAAGUAUGCGGGUAGAGCUGGAUUAAUCGACUUCCUACGCGGGUUAGGACAGAGGUAUCUGAGUCUUGGAUAUUCAACACCUUUCCUCUCACUGGGUGCAUCUUACAUGUAUCCCUCCUUGGCUGCCGCCAAGGCUGCUGUAAUUUCAGUGGGCGAGGAAAUAGCAACUCUGGGUCUGCCAUCAGGAAUCUGUCCGCUGAUCUUCAUAUUCACUGGUUCAGGAAGUGUUUCUCUUGGUGCGCAGGAGAUAUUUAAGCUUCUGCCUCACACUUUUGUUGAUCCAUCUAAGCUUCCAGAGCUAUUUGAGGUGGCCAGCAAUGUUACUCAACCAGUACGCACAUCAAAGAGAUUUUUCCAAGUAUAUGGCUGCAUUGUGACUUGUCGAGAGAUGGUUGGUCAUAAAGAUCCGACAAAAGUAUUUGACAAAGCUGACUACUAUGCACAUCCUGAACACUACAAUCCUAUUUUCCAUGAAAAAAUAGCUCCUUAUGCGUCUGUGAUUGUCAAUUGCAUGUAUUGGGAGAAAAGAUUCCCUCGGUUGUUGACUUCCAACCAAGUUCAAGAUCUAAAGAGGAAAGGAUGCCCACUUGUUGGUGUCGCUGAUAUUACUUGUGAUAUAGGGGGCUCCAUUGAGUUUGUUAACCAAUUGACAUCAAUUGACUCACCUUUCUUCAGAUAUGAUCCUUUUCAUGAUUCAUAUCAUCUUGACAUGGAGGGUAAUGGCGUGAUAUGUUCAGCUGUUGACAUUCUUCCAACAGAGUUUGCAAAAGAGGCAUCCCAACAUUUUGGAGACAUACUAUCCCAAUUUGUCGGAAGUUUGGCUUCUGCAACAGAUAUAGCCAAGUUACCUGCACACUUAGGAAGGGCUUGCAUAGCCCAUGGAGGAGCCCUUACCUCUUUGUACGAAUAUAUUCAACGUAUGCGAAACUCUGAAACAGAAGAAAUAUCAGAAAAUACAGCAAGUUUCCAUCCUAACCAGAAGAAAUACAAUAUAUUGGUAUCCCUGAGUGGUCACUUAUUUGAUCAAUUUCUAAUAAAUGAAGCACUGGAUAUUAUUGAAGCUGCAGGUGGCUCCUUCCACUUGGUUAAAUGCCAAGUGGGUCAGAGUGCUGAUGUUAUGUCGUACUCGGAACUUGAAGUUGGAGCUGAUGACAGGGCAGUACUGGAUCAAAUUAUUGAUUCUUUAACUGCUAUAGCUAAUCCGAGUGAAAACUUUGGGCUUUCAAAUCAAGAAACAAAUAAGAUUUCACUGAAGGUUGGUAAAGUCCAGGAGAGCAGCAUUAAGAAGCGACAUGAAAUUAAAACGAAGACUGCAGUUCUUAUUCUUGGGGCUGGCCGGGUCUGUCAACCAGCUGCUAAGCUGUUGGCAACAGAUGGAAGUUUUGCAUCCUAUCAACAAUAUGAAGCAUGUCUGGAAAAUAAUUUCAUUGAGCACAAUGGUGUUGAAGUUAUUGUUGGAUCUCUCUACCUAAAGGAUGCAGAAGAGAUCAUUGAAGGCAUUCCGAAUGCAACAGCUGUUCAGCUUGACGUGAUGGAUCAUGAAAGUCUUUUUAAGUAUAUUUCACGGGUUGAAGUCGUCAUAAGUUUACUACCUACAAGUUGUCACAUUAUUGUGGCAAAUGCAUGCAUAGAGCUUAAAAAGCAUCUUGUUACUGCUAGCUAUGUUGAUGCAUCCAUGUCCAUGUUAGAAGAAAAGGCUAAGAGUGCUGGUAUUACCAUUCUGGGUGAGAUGGGUCUGGACCCUGGAAUAGAUCAUAUGAUGGCAAUGAAGAUGAUUGAUGAAGCUCAUGCUCGAAAGGGGAGAAUAAGGUCUUUUACUUCUUACUGUGGGGGACUACCUUCCCCAGCAGCUGCCAACAACCCAUUAGCAUAUAAAUUCAGUUGGAAUCCUGCAGGAGCUAUUCGAGCUGGGCAAAAUCCUGCCACCUAUAGGUCUCAUGGUGAAACUUUAAAUAUUGAUGGGGACAGUCUUUAUGAUUCAGCUGUGAGACUUCGGCUACAUGAUUUUCCGGCUUUUGCACUGGAGUGUCUUCCUAAUCGUAAUUCACUAGUUUAUGGGGAAGUGUAUGGAAUAGAACAGGAAGCAUCAACCAUAUUCCGAGGAACCCUUCGCUAUGAAGGAUUUGGUGAGAUAAUGGGGACACUAGCAAGAAUUGGUAUGUUCAGUACGGAAGCUCAUCCAAUUCUUAGGGGGGGAAAGAGAGCGACAUUCAGAACAUUUUUGCUUGAACUUCUUAAAAUUAAAAGUGAAGGUGUGGAUGGACCUUUGAUAGCAGAGAAGGACAUCACUGAAAGGAUUGUCACACUUCGAUUUUGCAAAGAUCAAGGAACUGCAGUAAAGGCAGCCAAAACUAUCAUAUUUUUGGGAUUUCACGAUCAUACAGAAAUUCCUGUUUCCUGCCAAAGUGCAUUCGAUGUUACUUGUGUUCGCAUGGAAGAGAGGUUAGCCUACUCCAGCUUAGAACAGGAUAUGGUGCUUUUGCAUCAUGAAGUGGAGGUAGAUUUCCCAGAUGACCAAAUAACCGAGAACCAUACAGCCACUUUAUUGGAAUUUGGAAGGACAGAGAAUGGAAAAACCACUUCUGCUAUGGCUCUCACUGUUGGUAUUCCAGCGGGCAUUGGUGCUUUGCUCUUACUAGAAAACAAGAUCAAGACAAGAGGCGUCUUGAGGCCUAUUGUACCUGAAGUUUAUACGCCAGCACUGGAUUUCUUACAGGCCUAUGGAUUGAAGUUAAUGGAGAAGAUCGAGUAACAGAUCAUUACCUUGACUCUCUCCUCUUUUCUGUCUUUUUUCUUUUUGUAUUUUUUUCUGAAAUCUACGUUGAUUAUCUCUUGUAUUGAUAUAGUUGUCAAACUCACGAAAAUUCAGUUCAAAAACAGAAUCAGACCAUGUUUUUAA